CCAUCCGCAGCCCGACCUUGUCCCCGUCCCGUUCCCCCCCCGUCACUCAUUAACCAGGGCCCGCCGCCGUGCCAGGCUCCGGCUGCCCGUGACUGGGACCCGCGGCGGGCGGCGGCCCCGCGUCCCUCCGGGCUGCCCAUAAAAGCCCCGCGUGCCCCCACCCCGCCGUCCCCAGGCACCAUGUGGCGGUGGUGGCACUGCUGGGCCCUGCUGCUCCUGCCCGCCCCGACCCCCGCCACCGGCCCCGGCCCGGGCCCCGUCCUCGCCGGCCGCCCCUUCGUCACCGUGUGGAACGUGCCCAGCGAGCCGUGCGCCCAGCGGCACAACGUCACGCUGCCCCUCGGGGUCUUCGACGUGCUGGCCAACGCGCAGCAGGCCUUCACGGGGCAGGACGUCACGCUCUUCUACAGCCAGCGCCUGGGGCUCUACCCGCACUACUCCGCGCAGGGGGUGCCGGUGGACGGGGGGCUGCCGCAGAACGCCAGCCUGCCCGCCCACCUCCGCCAGGCCGCCUGCGACGUGCAGGCCGCCCUGCCCGACGCCGCCUACGGCGGGCUGGCUGUCAUCGACUGGGAGAGCUGGCGCCCGCUCUGGGCCCGCGACUGGGGCUCCAUGGACGUCUACCGUGAGAAGUCGGAGGAGCUGGUGCAGCAGCAGCACCCAGAGUGGCCUUCCAGCCUGGUGGAGGAGGUGGCCCAGCAGCAAUACGAGGAGGGUGCCCGCGACUUCAUGGAGCAGACGCUGCAGCUGGGCGAGCGCCUGCGGCCCGGCGGCUACUGGGGCUUCUACGGCUUCCCCGACUGCUACAACAACGACUUCGGCAGCCCGCAGUACAACGGCACCUGCCCAGCGGUGGAGCGCCAGCGCAACCAGGAGCUGGGGUGGCUCUGGAACAGCAGCCGGGCGCUCUACCCCAGCAUCUACCUGCCCCCAGAGCUCAAGGGCACCGGCAAGGUGCUCAGCUACGUCCGCUACCGCGUGGCCGAGGCCUUCGCCGUCCAGAAUGGCGUCCUUGCCGCCGCCAUCCCUGUCCUGCCCUACGCCCAGAUCGCCUUCGACAACACCGUUGACUUCCUGUCCGAGGAGGACCUGGUGAACACCAUCGGGGAGAGCGCGGCUCAGGGUGCUGCGGGCAUCGUGCUCUGGGGAAGCUCCAACUACAGCACCUCCAAGGAGAUGUGCCUGAAGCUGAAGGACUACGUGGAUGGGACCCUGGGCCACUACAUUGUCAACGUGACGACCAGCGCCCAGCUGUGCAGCCAGAGCCUGUGCUCUGGCCACGGCCGCUGCGUGCGCAGGGGGGACAAGGAGAGCUUCCUAUACCUCGACCCCCUCCGCUUCGCCAUUGACCUGACAGCCACAAAGCCCCAGCCCAUGGUGCGCACCCUGGCUGCUGGCGUGGACACGUCCCAGCUGGCCGAAGGCUUCAGCUGCCAGUGCUACAGCGGCUGGCAGGGAGAGCGCUGCGACACCCAGUGUGCCUCCGAGUGAGCCGUGCCCAGAUCCUGUCCACACCCCCGUGCUGGGGACACACAAGGUGGGGAGGGUGGCACCGCCUCACACCCAGCUGGGAAGGAGGGGACGCAAAGCCCAGGCUGAAAAUAAAACCGCUCUGCACAACUC